GAUAAGGAAGUAUGUUGAUUUUGUUUGGUGUACAGAACAUGAAGAUUUUUUCAGAAUUAAAGCCGAUUAAUAAUUAAAUUAAUAGAGCAGUCACUACUCCUAUAAACAAGGUAGAAAUCCUCAGACACAGAAUCCCUAGCCACUUUACUCCUAUUCUCCUCCACCACCUUUUCAUUUCCUAUCUCCUCCUCCUUUCUCUUCUGCUCUGUUCCUCUCUUUCACACACACACAAUUCAAUUAUGGCCGGAAGCGGUGUGGUAACACUUUACGGAAAUGGUGCACUCACCGAGACUACAAAGCAAUCCCCUUUCUCAGUGAAAGUGGGUCUCGCUCAGAUGCUUCGCGGCGGCGUUAUCAUGGACGUCGUCAAUGCCGAGCAGGCCCGUAUAGCCGAGGAGGCAGGCGCGUGUGCCGUCAUGGCCCUUGAGCGCGUCCCCGCUGAUAUACGCGCUCAGGGCGGCGUAGCCCGCAUGUCGGAUCCCCAGCUUAUCAAAGAAAUCAAACAGGCAGUAACCAUCCCCGUUAUGGCCAAGGCCCGUAUCGGUCACUUCGUCGAGGCCCAAAUCCUCGAGGCUAUCGGAAUCGAUUACGUGGACGAAUCGGAAGUCCUCACUCUCGCCGACGAUGAGAACCACAUCAACAAGCACAAUUUCCGCAUUCCUUUUGUCUGUGGCUGCCGUAACCUCGGCGAAGCCCUCCGCCGUAUCAGGGAGGGAGCCGCCAUGAUACGCACCAAGGGGGAAGCCGGUACCGGCAACAUCAUCGAGGCCGUCCGUCACGUGCGUUCCGUGAUGGGUGAUAUCAGGGUGCUGCGAAACAUGGAUGAUGAUGAGGUUUUCACUUUUGCUAAGAAGCUUCAGGCACCGUACGACCUGGUGAUGCAAACAAAACAGCUCGGAAGGCUCCCUGUGGUUCACUUUGCAGCAGGUGGGGUGGCAACACCAGCAGACGCAGCGCUUAUGAUGCAGUUGGGAUGUGACGGAGUGUUCGUGGGUUCUGGAAUUUUCAAGAGUGGUGACCCUGCCAAAAGGGGACGCGCUAUCGUGCAAGCCGUGACUCAUUACAGUGACCCAGGACUGCUGGCUGAAAUUAGCUGUGGGCUUGGUGAGGCUAUGGUUGGAAUUAAUCUUGAUGAUAAGGUGGAGAGGUAUGCUAAUCGUUCUGAGUGAGAUGGUUUGUAAGUCUAGAAAACUCUUAAUUUCGUUUUAAAUGUUUACAGUAAUUGAGGUUUAAGGAGCCUCUUCUUGUGCUUUGGACGAGCGUAUUUUAUACUUUGGGAUAUGUUCUUCCGUAUAUUGUAGUUUUGAUUUUCUGGCCAGUUGUUAUUUCAGGUUUCAGUACUGAAACCGUUGGAAUGGGAUAAUGUUUUUUACUCAAAUGGGAUGAUUAAGAUUCAUUUAGUUAUGCAUUUGUA